CGUGCGAAAGAGAGGGCGAUGCAAUUAAGCAAAACCAGUUUAACGGGACUCGCACACACAUAAGUACGCACAUAUGCAUGUAGCGGGUGAGGAGCGAGCGAUGAAACGGAGGAAAACGAAGAAGGAAGAGGAGGCGAAGGAGAGAGAGGACAGGCAAAGUGCCGUUUUAACAGCUUUCGCGGAAAGCCGGCACAAAAACAAUCUAAACAAACUAAAAAGAAGGAAAAACAAAAACCUGUUUGUCCAGUUUGACAAACAAAAAACGUGAGGAAAAAAAAAACAAACAAAAAUUUGGGUGAAAUUUUACUUUCGUCUGGUUUUAAUUUGUUUUUGUUGCUGGGGCGUCAGCAAAAACUACCAUCCCUUUCCCUCUUUCGCUCCUACACUCACACACACACACAGCCGCACACCACAGCAACAACAAAUAAAGAAUGUCGCCGGAAAUUAGUUUCACUUAAAAGUUGUUAAUUUUCACUCUAAGUACGUGCAUUUUAUGCAAGACUCUUCCUUUCGUUUAUUAACUUACACAUAUUUAAUGGUUUUUUCUCCUUUCUUUUGUGAUUUUACACUUGUUUUGAUUUUAUAAGGUCACUUCGAAUUUUGCUCGACCCAGAUUUGGAUGUCCUUCAGUUUUCCGAACUCCUGACCACUUCUGGCUACUGCAGUCGUACUAUGCGCAAUUUGGAUAAUUUUUUUAAUUUGAUUUUAUUUUGGUUUGCUGUGGAGUGUUUUUUUUGUUUCCUAAUAGUAUGACCAUACAAUGAACCCUCUUUUAUACCAUCCGGCUUUCAAAAAAAUAUACUUUUAAUACCACAUUGGAUUGCCAUACGAUAUACCGGUAAUAUACCAACUUCUUUAAAUUAUUAAGCACUGUUUUAAUACACCGAAUUUCAUAAAUGUUCCAUACAUAUAAGCGUAUUAAUUUAUAAAUCAAACUGUAACUGUUAUAUCGAUCUGUUGAUCUGGCAGCGUCGUUGGACCUAGGCCUAGGCCUAUCAAAAACCCAUAUGGCAACACCCCAAUCAGCUGGAUCUUUUGCCGCCGUGCUCUUCUCUUCGUAAAACGUUGUGAUGCAAUUUUGUUGUUUUCAUGUCUAAAAGUGAAAGUUGCCACUGAUAAGAGGCAGUAGACUGAGACUCCGACGUAAAAUUUAUCCGUGGUGACCCCGUUUCGUGUCAGCCAGGCGACGAGGCCAGCGUUUGGACCAGCCCCCAACUGAAACCAGCCGUUCUGCAUCUGCAUUCCAAAGGGCGGCCGCACAUGGAGCGCAGGGUCAAAGCCGCGCCAGAAAACCAAAACCAAGAUAGCACCCGCCGAUGAGCGGGCAUCGAGGAGUGGGCGCGGAGGUCUAACCUCAAAGCACAAGCACAAUCCGCAGCAUCAGCACACAACGAAUCCUUGCUAUUCACACCAUUCCCUAUCUCGAUUCCGAAGUAUUCACAGGAUCCAAGGCGUAGUCAUCAUAGCCGCAGGAUGCAGCGCGUCAUGCCGGCGUCCUGGAGCAGCGGGGGCAGCCUGCUGCCCUUUCGCGUUUCCACCACCACAAAGGUUGUGCUCUUCUCACUGACCGCCGGCGUGGCCCUAAUGAGCGUACUCUCCCGAUUUCUGCGACGUCGCAAGCCACCGCGUCCGCCUCGUCGAGCCAGGAAGUACACGGGUCGGCGCAACCGCAACAGCAUGCGCAGUCCAAACGAUCUAAUCUCGAUAGCCGGAUCUAAGGCCUCGGCCAGAUCGGGGAGUCCUGUGGGCUCCACACUGGCCUACUCGGAUCGCCUGUCCAUGGCGUCCGGCUCGAUUGGCGUUGGUGUAUUGGGCGUACAAAAUGCCGGUCCUGGCAGCUCGGUAGUCACACAACUGACGGCCCAACAGUUGGGCAUGAUGGGCAUGGAGGCACUGGACACAGUGAUCAACUUCUGGGAGGAUGCCCUGGCGGCACACUACUCGCCCGGCGGUUUGCCCGCCCUGUUGACCACGGCGGAGGACUCCGAGUUCUGUCGCGAGAUCCAAAACCUGCUGGAGAUGGCCUACACGCUGCAGGAGCAGAGCGAACUGCUCUUCCUGGACCAGCGAUCGGUGCUGUUCCGCGAGGAGCAUUCCAUUGACGAGGCCGAGGAGGAGGCGGGCGAGGCCGAUGACGAUCGGCGGUCACGCAAAUCGGGCAGCGUUCUCAGUCGCGCUGGUUCCGAUCCGAACUUUGAUUCCGCGGAAAGCUUUGCUUCCGCUCUCGACCAGGUGGCGGAUCUGCGUGAGUUCGAUGGCUUUAUUGAGACCUCGUACGAAGAGUAUCCGCUAUUCCAGAGUGCACUGAAGCAUCACGAUGAGUACACGGUGCCGUGUCGUACCAUUCGGGCGGAGUUGAUGCACUGCAGCACCGAUACCGAAUACCUGGCCAAGCUGCACUGCGUUCGGUUGGCCUUUCAGUUCCUCUUCAAGGAUCCCGCUGUGGGCCAGUGGAUCUGCGAUGCUGGUCGGCAGAUUCUCACCGAUCUGCUUUGUCUGGGCGAUAAGGAUACCAAGGAGUUUCUUGUGGGCUACGAGGACAUGGUGAACUAUCUGCACGAUAGCAACAACUGGCCCUGCAUCCAAAUGGAGCUGGAGCAGCGCAAUGUCAAGGCGAUGACCUUCUACGAUAUCUGUUUGGACUUCAUUAUCCUCGAUUCGUUCAAGGAUCUUGAUGCUCCGCCUGCCAGCGUAACAGCGGUUGUCCAAAAUCGCUGGCUAUCCAACGGAUUCAAAGAGACGGCAUUAACAACAGCCGUGUGGUCGGUGCUGAAGGCAAAGAAACGGAUGCUUAAGUUCCCCAACGGGUUCAUGUCCCACUUUUACGUGAUAUCCGAGCAGAUAUCACCGCUAAUGGCCUGGGGCUUCUUUGGACCCAACGAGAACUUGCGCGACAUCUGCCACUACUUCCGAGAGGAGCUGCUCGCCUUUCUGGGCGACAUCUUUAGCUUCCAAAAGAGCCGCUUCACGACCAUCGAGGAAUUCUCGCAGGAUGUGCUGCAGCACAUGCAGACGCGCGUCAACAACAUUGGCGUGAAAUUUAGCCAGUAACUGGCGUUCACUUUAGCUAGCCUUCUAUCCAUACUUCUUGGACUCCCCUUCUAUAUAUUUUUUACAAAAACCAUUUGGUUCGGUAGUUUCCCUAAGAAAUGCUCCACAAGUUGACUAAUUUUAAAGCCACAUACAUCCAGCCACACGUACACCAAAUCCACGCAUCGUCAUUGUAUGAAUAAGCUGCAUUUAAGUCACCAAAACAUUUGUAAAAUAAAACUGUUUACCGCCCGCUCCGAGCGAGAAUCCAGCUGAAAUACCUCCGAUUGCAUGGGUAAAGUGGAUCCAGGUGACAGACGCGCUGCAUACCCUGUUAUACUAUGUUAUUCAGUGAUACAUUUAGUACACACACUCAAAUAACCACGCACAAACUAUACUAAAUUUGAGAGUCAGACAUGAACUAGUUAUUUUAUGACAUUAAGACCAUUGAAAGGAGUUGGCUGUUUUGUUGUUUAAAUCCUACUAAACUGUAAAACUAUAUAUUAGUUUAAUAAUCUGAGAUUAUUGAUAUAGACAUGUACUCUUAAUGUUUCGAUAUUUUUCAAAACGAUAACAAAAUAUUGCAGAUAGGGAAUCAGUUAAAAUACUUCAGUUUUCCGACUAACGACCAAUUGUUUUUUCCAGUGAUGAAUCUAAAAAUUGAAGUAGUAUCCCCCAUAGAAAUGAUUUUUGUAAAAUUAUGAACUCUGAAUUAUGUGAAAUAUAGUGGUCAGAUGCUGAGU